AUGGACCCUCUUUCCAUAACAGCGAGCGUGAUCACCCUCCUCACAACGAUAAAGACGGCCAAAGAGUGUCUAGAGAAGAUUCGGAGAUCACUGGGUGCCGAAACUCUGGUACUUGAGCUCUUGAAUGAGGCCACCGAUUUCAACGUCCUUCUUGCGAAUGUGGAAGCUUUCAAUGACACUGGCGCUUUGAGUGCAAAAUCACAAGUCACGAUCAAUCACUCGCUCCUUCGUGCAAAGGACACCUUCGACACCUUUCUAGAAUUCGUUUUGCACAAACUAUUCUCGAAGAAUGAAAGCCCAACGGAAGGUGAACAGCUGAAAAAYCAAGUAUUCCCCACGGUGUCGAGGAGAGCAUGGUAUUUCUAUGAGAAACAGGCUGCAAAGCACAAGGACUGUCUUCGUCAGGCAAGAGAGUCUCUUCACUUUGCUUUGACAGUGGCGAAUACAGGAAUCCAUCUCGACUUGCGAGAGAUCAUUURGUCUUCUCAGAGCUCGGUACAGACAGAACUGGCCGCACACAGCAAAAUUGUUGACGAAUUGCGAGUCAUGAUGCAGCAGAUGUCUGACCAACACUCCGAGCGAUCGCGGUCUUCAUCCAUUUCCUCCGAACGGACACUCGUUCCAGCUGCUGGAGAUGAUGUCCUCAUCGAGCGAUCUUCCAACCAGCCACCCGCUAAGGAGGCUCUUGAUCAAGAGGCUGUCUGCUUCCGAACCACUGUUCUGACGAGCAACUGUACAAAGUCCUGCUCGUGCACCUGCCACUCCAAAGCUCUCAUCAAAUCUCCUGCGUGGCUCGGCAAUCUCACCGGCUUGCUUUUCAUGCGAUACAGCGGUACUCCAGUACUCAAUCCCAUGACAUGCAGCAAAAGACGAUGCAGGGAGCGGCACCAGUCCAAGCUUGAUGCGUCCUACUACUUCCCACGAUGGAUGCUCCAUCGUAUGAUUGAGGUCACGGCUAGAUGGGACGUACACGGGGCACCAAAGAUGAGUCUGCGGGUCAUGAAAGUCAUUCCGGAUACAUCGCCUGUAUUCGGUUACGCCAUGGAAGGAAACUUGACCGGUAUCCAGGAGCUAUUUGCGAACCAUCUAGCGUCGCCUGUUGACAUUCGGGAUUCGGACGGUCGAUCAGCAUUGCACGUUGCCAUUUACUACGGCCAAAUCUCCACAGCAAAGUUUCUCCUGGAUCAGGAUGCAGAUCGAGAGUACAAGGAUAAAUACUUUCAGUCCGCGAUAGGAGCUUGCUGGGAGAUAUCCCUUCAGAAACUACCCAUGCCCACCAUAGAUCCCAGCGUCAUUGGUGGCCCGACCGAGUUUUCCGACUAUCUGGAGGAACGGAAGCUUAGCCCUGUCCACAAGAUCGUCCUGGGCAUCUCUUCUGCAUCGCUAGAUGAUUAUUUGAGCCUCACAGCCGCGGAAAUCGACAAGCAAGAUGUGAUGGGCAAGGCGCCUCUCCACUUUGCUGCUGCCAGGGGUGACUUUGCAGCCGUCUCGACUUUACUUCGACAUGGAGCGGAUCCGCAUAUCACCAGUGACGCUCUUUGGACGCCACUUCACGAAGCGGCAAUGUCGUCGAACCACUACUCGCUUCGUCUGUUACUCGAAGCAGGCGCCCAUGUUGAUGCUCUCAAUAACCGUGGGCAGAACGCUUUGAUACUCGCAGCAUACGUCCGCGAUGACCCACGGUACUUUGAUAGUUUGCUCGACUACCAUACGGACAUCUAUCUCGCAGAUAACACCGGUGUAACUGCUCUGCAUCGGGCCUGCUUUCGGGACAGAAUUGAGACUGCGCGUACAUUGAUCUCUCUGAAAGCAGAUGUGGAUGCUCGAGAUAAUCAAGGCCUUUCCCCGCUCCACUUGUGUGUGCUUAACAACAGUCACAACGUUCUGAAGUUACUGCUGGGACUUGAUGCUCGUGUUGAUCUCCCUGCAAUUAAUGGGAGAACUGUGUUACAUGAUGCUGCUGCUGUUGGAGACCUUGGUACGAUCAUGAUUCUGGCUGGUGCUCUUCAUCGCUUUGACGAGCUCGACCCGAAUGCUCAUGACCAAGACGGCUGCACUAUGGAAGAGAUAUUGUAUGUCGGUCGAGCAUCGUGCGUCGCUGAGAACGACAAGGACCGAGAAAAGAUUGUACAUGCCUUCCUGGAUUUGCUAGAGAGGCUGAGGGAGAGACGUCGUAUCUAUUCACUGGUAGGAAUUUUGGAGGAGAAGCUGGAGAUUCAGUCAACCGCUUCGGAUGAUUCUUUCUUUGAAGCUAUGGAAUUGAUGGAGUCAUCGGUUGAGUCCCUGGCAUUGAUCGGGGGGUUGAACGAACUGGUCUUAUCUUGA